AUGCCAACACCAGCACCAACUGAAGACACCAGAGCAUUAACAUUGCCUCCAAUUGGAGGUGGAGCUCCAGCGCCUACAACACCCCCAACAGACCCCCCAACUGAGCUACCUACAUGGCUCCCAACAGCGCAUCCUACCACUCCCCCAAGCAAUCCUCCUACCAACCUUCCAACUCGAUCACCAACUAAUCGGCCCACAUUGCCCCCCACCGAGGUUCCGACUGAUCCACCUACAGGAAGUCCUAGCGGCAGCCCAAGCUCCAGCCCAAGCUCCAGCCCAAGCAAAUCGCCUACUGAACCACCAACGAAUCCUCCUACAGAAACUCCCACUAAUCCCCCUACAGCCCCUCCGACAGAAAAACCAACCUCUUGGCCGACUAUUCCUCCGACACGAAAACCAACUCCUUGGCCCACAGUUAUGCCCGCGACUGUGCCUCCGACAGCAUCACCAACUGCCCAAACUCCUUCCCGCCCACCGAGAGUACCAAAGAAAAAAGUCAUCACGAAUGGAAUUGUCUCGAAUGAAGCUUACGUUCCAUUUUGUCGAGGCGAUGCCAGUACGAACUCAUUCACCUUGGACGGAACGAUCAGUUUCACCUUUGAGCCGGCGUACGACUCUGCCAUGCCGUCGGAAGCCAUGGAUCUGCAUGAAGCCAAUAUUGCCUUGGAAUCCUUUCGCUUCUUGGAACGAGAGCUGGGUCGAAUCUACGAUUUUCAGACAUUGACCGGUGAGGCUGUUUCCAGCCAAACCGUCCAUACACUGUGCGCAGCCUGCAACCUGUACGAGAACACAUUUGACCUCGACUUCCGGGCCGUUCUUACCUUUAAUGAUUGCGUUGAGCCCUCUCAGGUUCUCCAUACGUUGACGUCUCCAGGGCUCAAGUUCAAGAGCCUUCUAUACCCGGUGAACCAAUGGGUUAGUCCGCAAGGGGGGCAUCAUUGGACUCAUUCCCCGUUCGCAGAAGUGCAAGUAUUGCAUGAUGGGCAGGUCUGUUCUGUCCAGUGCAACCAGGGGAAAAGGAAGAGGAGGAAAAGAAAACACUGA